GACUACCAUUUGCGAUCCAUAUGAACUGUAUGGUGUCUCUGUGAUUGCUUUCCAUAGGUGUGUUCUGCAUGCCUCUCUACAUCCCUUACUGCCUGACGGGGAAAUGGCACUUGGGAAGAGGUGUCUGCAAGCUCUGGCUAGCUAUGGACUAUCUCCUGUGCACAGCUUCAGUAUUUAACAUUGUUCUUAUCAGCUAUGACCGUUUCCUGUCCGUUACUAAAGCUGUGUCUUAUAGAGCCCAGCAGAGAAUAACGUCCAACCGUGUUGUCGAGAUGGUGGCCAUCUGGGUCUUUGCCUUCCUCCUCUACUGCCCAGCCAUCCUCUUCUGGGAGCAUGGGGCCGGACACAGCGUGGUAGCGGCGGAUCAGUGCUACGCCGAGUUCUUUAACAACUGGUACUUCCUGCUGUUCGCGUCCACUCUGGAGUUCUUUGUGCCGCUGCUCUUGGUGACCUACUUCAAUGUGCACAUCUUCCACAACAUCCAGAGGCGCCAGCGGCAUGGCAGCACGCAGGACUGUGAGCGUCCAAGGAGAAGCAGCAGCCUGUCCUGGAGAUUUUGCCUCUUGCCAAGGCCCGGAACAUCUACUCCAUCGGAAGGCGAGGACAGUGUUUCUUCCUCCACGAGGCCAAAGAAAGAGUCUUUGGUAACUGAGAGCUCAUCUCCAUCCAGACGCAAUUCUGUAACCCCAGAAAAUGACUUUUCUGUUUCUUUCUGUGCAAGGACUGAGUCAAAACUGCAGCGGGACAAGAAAAUAGCGAAGUCACUUGCCAUAAUUGUAUGUGUCUUUGCCAUUUGCUGGGCCCCAUACACUUUACUAAUGAUUAUUCGUGGGGCCUGCCAAGGAAAGUGCAUCCAUAACUCCCUGUAUGAGAUAACUUUUUGGCUUUUGUGGAUCAAUUCCUCUUUGAACCCAUUUCUCUACCCUCUCUGUCAUGUUAAAUUUCGAAUGGCUUUCAUGAAAAUAUUAUGUCCCAAAAAGUUUGCAACAUUGAGAGCAGGCUCUUUUUAG